UGUGGAAAGCGGUUAUAAAUAAAUAUCUCCAUAAAUAUUAUGAGGUGCAUCUCUUUACUUGAUUUGCUUGUUUUGAUUUUUCUUGUAGAAGGUAAUUUAUGCUUUUGCCUUUAUAAGAAAAUGAUUGAGAAGUUCCUCAGUAAACCGUACUGGAUAGAACUGUGCAGACAAGAGAAGUUUCGUCGAUAUAAAGGAAAUGAAUUUUUGUGUAUUUUCAUUCCGAGUAUUGAAAAGGCUUUAAAAAUGUGUAAACAUUCAAAAUUCCGUAACCGCAACAAGCCGCAAUGCAGCAUUUUCGAAGGAAUAAAUAUUAUGGAAAUUGGCAACAGGGUCCCGAGGAAUAAAGAUGUUUGUGCUUUUUAAUCAGUUUUCCGCUCUUAUUGUAUUAU